UUAUUUUUUUGAGCAAUGGAUGUAAGUUUAAUAUUUUUGAAUUUUUUUUCUAAAAUUCAUUUUCAGUUUAUUGAUUUGGUUGAGAGUAGUCCUGAACCUUAUGAUGACCACCGAACUUCAGCAUUUCAAAUGGAAGGAAGUCGAACAGUAAAAUCUGAACGUAGCGGUAUUAGAUGGGGAACAAAUAGUAAUUUAAACGAGCAGAGUUCUCUGACUGUUCCUGGUGGAUUUGGAUUUGCUCGAUCUCGUAGCCGUAUUGAUGAUUAUACAGAUUCGUUUGGAAGGGUGGAAUCGACACAAUUUUUCAAUCGAUCAACAAACGGGACUCGUUUCUUUGAAAAUAGAUUGUCUGAGGGAGGGGGAAGAGAAAAUAGAGGAGUUUUUGAAAGAGGACGAAAACUUGUUUCGGAAAGAGGUGAGGGAUAUGAGAAUCAAGAUGUUGCUGGUGGCUUUUUCUCAUCCGGACUUAAUCUGCAACUACUUCAUCGUAGUGCACGUCAUGCAGACAAUAAUGAUUUGUCUCAUCAGUCUGCAACCAUUGAAAGUUCACUGAAACGUCAAUCUUUACCAAUUAGUAUUUAUGGAACUAGAAAGAGGGUAAUAAUUUAA